UAGUAUAUAGAAGGCAGAAGCAGAUCAAUAAAUUCAGAGUUGAGAGAAAGAGCUUAUGAUGCACCACACCAUCUCCUGCUACAAGCCUACAACCUCCCUCAGUUUCAGGCUGCUUUGAUAAAAAUUAAAAUUCCUGUCUUUCUUGUUCGUCAGUGAUCAUAAAAUCCCAAUCCCAAUCAUUCUUAGUCAUCCAUAAAUCUCUUUCUUAUGGCUCACCAUUCUCACCACCAUAACCAUAACUCAGCAAGCGAUGGCGUUUCUCAAAGAGUUAACAGCCCUCGUUUCUCAGGUCCAAUGACUCGCCGUGCUCACUCUUUCAAGCGCAACAACACCAGUUCUAACAACAACAGUAAUGCCGGCAACGCCAACAGCAGCAACAAUGGUAGCAACAACGUUAGUAACGGUAACAGUAACAAUAGUAGUCUUAGCCCCCAUCUUGAGAUUGAUCUCCCCUUAAACUCUCCUAGAUCUGAAACCGUUGAUGGGUUUGAAAGGGAAAGUCACAGCAGGCAGAAUCUGAGCCAAAGAGUUCAUGGGGGUGUGGUUAGGAUUUUGACAAAUAAGAAAGGUAGUAUUGGAUCUGUGAUUUUGGAUUUUGGGUUCAAGGAAAGGAAGAAACUUGGCCACUGGAUGUUCUUUUUCUUUUGCGGGCUUUGUUUGUUUCUGGGUGUUUUUAAGAUUUGCUUAUAUGGGUGGUUUGGAUCUACCCUUGAAAGAGCUGCCUCCAAUCAGGAUGUAUUCGGUUCCAUCACCCGACAGGAACAAGACUCUUACCGAUACAUGGGAUCAGAAAAUGAUCAGAAAAGAAUGAUAAUAGAAGUAGGCUCGGAUGUGGUUGAUAGACUGAAUAAGAAGGCUGAAUUCUCAGGUAUCUGGUCCAAGCCCAAUAGUGAAAAUUUCACCCAAUGCAUUGACCAGCCCGGAAAUCACAAAAAGCUUGGUGCAAGGACAAAUGGUUAUAUUCUCAUAAAUGCUAAUGGUGGCUUAAAUCAGAUGAGAUUUGGGAUUUGUGAUAUGGUAGCUGUAGCUAAAAUUAUGAAGGCAACGCUUGUCCUUCCCUCCCUUGAUCACACCUCCUACUGGGCUGAUGAUAGUGGAUUUAAGGAUUUGUUCAAUUGGCAACAUUUCAUUGACACGCUGAAGGAUGAUGUCCAUAUUGUGGAGAAGUUGCCACCUGCCUAUGAUGGAAUUGAGCCAUUCAACAAAACACUGAUAUCUUGGUCCAAGGUUCAUUAUUACAAAACCGAGGUCCUGCCAUUGUUGAAGCAGCACAAAGUAAUCUAUUUUACUCACACUGAUUCUCGUCUUGCCAACAAUGGUCUCUCAGAUUCCAUACAAAAGUUGAGAUGCCGUGCUAAUUAUAGGGCACUGAAAUAUUCUAAACCAAUAGAAGAACUUGGAAACACCUUGGUCAGCAGAAUGAGAGAAAAUGGAAGCCGUUAUCUUGCUCUCCAUCUGAGGUAUGAAAAGGAUAUGCUUGCAUUUACAGGAUGCAGCCAUAAUUUGACAGCAGCAGAAGAUGAAGAGCUACUUAGGAUGCGAUAUGAAGUCAGCCACUGGAAAGAGAAAGAAAUAAAUGGGACAGAAAGAAGGUUGCUUGGCAAUUGCCCAUUGACCCCUAGGGAGACUUCCCUUUUGCUCAAAGGAUUGGGUUUUCCAUCCAGCUCUAGGAUUUACUUGGUAGCUGGUGAAGCUUAUGGGACUGGAAGCAUGCAAUACCUUUUAGAUGACUUCCCAAACAUCUUCUCACACUCCACUCUCUCCACAGAAGAGGAGCUGAAUCCCUUCAAGGAUCAUCAGAACAUGUUGGCUGGUCUAGACUAUCUUGUUGCACUUCAAAGUGAUGUGUUUGUCUACACUUAUGAUGGGAAUAUGGCGAAGGCAGUUCAAGGUCAUAGGCAAUUUGAGGAGUUUAAGAAAACAAUCAAUCCAGACAAGAUGAAUUUUGUGAAGCUUGUGGAUGAGUUGGAUGAAGGAAAAAUAUCUUGGAAGAAAUUCAGUUCCAAAGUGCAAAAGCUUCACAAAGAUCGAAUUGGAGUUCCAUAUGCAAGGGAGCCUGGAGAGUUUCCAAAGCUGGAAGAAAGUUUCUUUGCAAAUCCCCUUCCUGGAUGUAUUUGUGAAACAGCACAAGAAAAAUAGCCUCUGAAUAGACAUAUUUUCUUAUAUUAAUGUUGUGACGCGAUCCCAAUGGCUUGCAAAAAAGUGUGCUGCCAUUAUACUUGGCAUAUUAUCUUGAUAGCAACCACCUUCAUCCUCCAAAUUGAGGGACGACUCGGUUAGUCAGCUGGAAAGUGCCCUUGCACGUACAAAGUAUAAUCCAUGUGCAGGACGGAGCCAAUGCAAUGAGGUCCUAAUUGUUGUAUCUUGAAUAUACCAGUUACUGCAGAUAGGUUGUCGACAAUCUUCUACUUUUCUCAAAGAGACAACAAAAUUGUAGACACUUGUAACCAUUCUUUUUUAUACAGAAAUGUGCUUGGUGGUUUGGAUAUGA